CAGCAACUGCAUCCAGAGUCCAAAACUUUAAGUUUGGGGCUUAAAAACCCUCUUUUCUUUCUUGGAGAUCAUCUCAGGAAGACGGCUGGAACUUCCCAUUCUGGAAUAAAAAGAAGCAAAAUGGUCCACGGCCAAAGCGGAGUCCGAUUCCAGAACUGGGCCAAGACCUACGGCUGUUCUCCAGAGUUAUAUUUCCAGCCAACAACGGUCGACGAAAUCAAGGAGAUCUUGGAUCUGGCCAGGCAGAGGAACAAGAAGGUGAAAGUGCUUGGAGGUGGACACUCUCCUUCUGAUAUUGCUUGCACCGAAGACUUCAUGAUCCAGAUGGAAAGGAUGAACAAGGUCCUCAAGGUGGACAAAGAGAAGAAGCAGGUGACAGUGGAGGCGGGGAUCCUGUUGUCUGAUCUCAAUGUGGAGCUGAGCAAGCAUGGCUUGGCUUUACCUAUCCUAGGAGCCGUUUCGGAUGUGGCAGCUGGCGGGGUGAUCGGAACUGGCACACACAACACUGGCAUCAAGCAUGGCAUCUUGUCUACACAGGUUGUCGCCUUGACCCUCUUGACAGCUUCUGGGGAAAUCCUGGAAUGCUCUGAAUCUGUAAAUCCUGAGCUCCACCAAGCAGCCUGUGUCCACCUGGGCUGUUUGGGCAUCGUCCUCACCAUCACCUUCCAGUGUGUGCCGCAGUUCUACCUGCAAGAGACCACCUUCCCAUCUACUCUGACCGAGGUCCUGGACAAUCUAGAGAGCCACCUGAAGAAGUCGGAAUAUUUCCGUUUCCUUUGGUUCCCCCACAGUGAAAAUGUUAGCGUCAUCUACCAAGAUCACACCAACAAGCCCCCCUGUUCCUCAGCUAACUGGUUUUGGGACUAUGCCAUUGGGUAUUACCUGUUGGAGUUCCUUCUUUGGAUCAGCACGUUCCUGCCAUGCCUAGUUGGCUGGCUCAACCGCUUCUUCUUCUGGCUCCUCUUCACCAGCAAAGUGGAGAACGUCAACCUGAGCUACAAGAUCUUCAAUUAUGAGUGCCGUUUCAAGCAGCAUGUCCAGGAUUGGGCCAUUCCCAUUGAGAAAACCAAGGAGGCUCUUCUGGAGCUGAAGCGGGUCCUGGAAAGCAACCCAAAGGUGGUGGCCCACUACCCAGUGGAAGUACGCUUCACCCGGGGGGACAAUAUCCUGCUGAGCCCCUGUUUCCAGAGGGACAGCUGCUACAUGAAUAUCAUCAUGUACAGACCCUACGGGAAAGACGUCCCACGGCUGGACUACUGGCUUGCCUAUGAGGGCAUCAUGAAGAAGGUUGGAGGCAGACCACACUGGGCAAAGGCGCAUACAUGCAGCCGGCAAGACUUUGAGCGGAUGUACCCCAGCUUCCAGAGGUUCUGCGCCAUCAGGGAGAAACUCGAUCCCAGGGGAAUGUUCUUGAAUGCCUAUCUGGAGAAGGUCUUUUACUGAGUGGUGGAAUGGAGAAAGUGGUCUUCAGUGGUUACUGAGGGAUCCUGUUGAAGGAAUUUAAACAAAUACUGGCAAGAUUUCUCAUCAUUGACAAGGAAAGGGCAUUGUGACACAUUGUGACACACUUGUCAGAUACCACAAGAUUUUUUUAUUUUGCAUUUUGCAAGUGUGAAAAAUCUGUUUGCUAAAAUAAAACCAACAACCCCGA